CACUAGCCGUUGGAUUUUAAAAGCGGAUCUACGGACAUAAUAUUCCGUCCCCUUUUCAUGUUCACGUUCCAGCCAUUUUUUUUUUUCUUUUGCACAAAUCGAAAAGCCGAAUAUCAAAGGAAGAGAAGAAUCAGAGAUAAAUGAGAUUGGAACCCCUUCUCAUGGGGAUUCUUUCAUAGCCCUCUCUCUCGCUCUCUCCACCGUUCGAUCGGAAUUCCGGCCAGAGAAGGAGUGGAAUCAUAACAAUUGGAUCGGAUCCGAUCAAGAGAACUGAGGAAUAUUGGAAAUGGAGAGAAGAGAAAUAGAUGGAUAUGGCAAGACUAAUCCAAUCAUGACUAAGCCUGGGAAUGUCCAAGGUAUUCGAAUGGAGGGUGGGAAAUCUGCUGCAGAAGUGGGAAACAAUCGCAGAGCAUUGAGGGAAAUCAAGAAUUUUACGGGUGCUCCUCCCCCUUAUCCUUGCGCAAUCAGCAAAAGGGGGUUACCAGAAAAACCUGCCAUCGAUGAAAGGAACCACCAACAUUUUGUAGGACAUCGACCCAUCACAAGGAAAUUCGCAGCUUCAUUGGUAAACAAACAUCACCAUUCUCAUCAAGAUUCCAAUCAAGGAAAUGAAUUGGUGGUUGACAAUGAGAAACAUAAGAAAGCAAUCCCAUCGAUACAAAUGUUAAAUCCUAAAGAAAAUUUUACAGUCAUAGAUGUGGAUGACUAUAUGGAGGCUAAUGAAUUGCCAGCAUUUGUGAAGCAAACAGAAGCAAUAUUAGAGGAAAUGGAACAAUUGCAGGAUAAGUAUGAUAUCGAGGUUGAGAUGGAGGAUAUAGUGCCAGAGCCAAUGCUAGAUAUUGAUAGUUGUGACUCCAAUAAUCCACUCGCUGUUAUUGAUUAUGUUAAGGACAUCUAUACCUUCUACAGACAAGCUGAGGCUUCCAGCUGUGUCUCUCCAAACUAUAUGUCCCACCAAUCUGACAUCAACGAGAAGAUGAGGGCUAUUUUGAUUGACUGGCUGAUUGAGGUGCACUAUAAAUUUGAACUCAUGGAUGAGACCUUAUUCCUGACUGUCAACCUCAUAGACAGAUUCUUAGAGCGUCAGACAGUUGUAAGGAAGAAGCUUCAGUUGGUUGGAGUGACUGCCAUGCUUCUGGCAUGCAAGUAUGAAGAAGUGUCCGUACCAGUUGUAGAGGAUCUAAUUCUCAUUUCAGACAAAGCAUAUACAAGGGAUGAAGUCCUAGAAAUGGAGAAACUAGUGAUCAAUACGUUGCAGUUCAACAUGUCUGUGCCGACUCCUUAUGUUUUUAUGAGGAGGUUCCUAAAGGCAACUCAAUACCAUGACAAGAAGCUUGAACUCCUUUCCUUUUUCAUGAUCGAGCUUUGCCUCAUCGAGUAUGAAAUGCUCAAGUUCCAGCCGUCAUUGUUAGCCGCUGCUGCAAUCUAUACUGCCCAGUGCACUCUCAGAGGGUUCAGGCAUUGGACCAAGACCAGUGAAUGCUAUACUAGCUACAAGGAAGAUCAGCUGCUAGAAUGCUCCAGGUUGAUGGUAGAUUUCCACCAGAGGGCGGCAGUGGGGAAACUCACCGGGGUACACCGCAAGUACAGCACUUUUAAGUUUGGGUUUGUUGCGAAAGUGGAACCGGCUCGAUUCCUCUCAGAUGCACAUUUUCCUUAAACACAGAUGGUAGGGUGGAUGCACUGAGCAUGCAACAGAAGUUGCACAUGACUGAUGAAUAUGAACAUGAACAGUAUUAACAUAACUCUAUA